AUGAACGAAGGACAGCAAAAGAAGAGUUCGUUUGCGGCAUGGGAUGUGGCAGAAAACGAGAUUGUGGUAGCUCUGUCGGAGCCGAAGCAAACCCAACAAAGAGAUGGUUCUGUGAAGGGUGAAUUGAUAAGAGCAGUUUCAUUGAAGAACACACAUUUGGGAUCACUUUCACAUCCAGCCAUGCAAACGCUUAUUCAGGAAUCGCACUCGACAUUCUGUCGUGCGCAAAAACUGGCUAAAGAGGCGACAAUACGCGUUGAUGAGUUGCGUUUGUUAAGCCUAGAGUAUCGUUCAUCUCUUCGUGCUGCCCAGUCGCUGCUUACGGAUGGUGAUGUGGAGCUGAGAGAAACGUUGAAUCUGUACGAGCUGAUCUGGUCAUUAGCUGAGGCAAUAUUCAUACAUUCUCAUGACUCUUCAAUAGUUGUGGAUACCAUAACAUGGUCACAGCUGUGUCUCGCCAGAACCACUUAUGCUGAAGAAGUGUCGGAAUGUUUACGACGAAAUAAAAUCAGUCAGUUGGAUAAGGAUCAUUUUUGGAAACAGGUAGCAUAUUUCAUAUUGAGCGGUUUAUUCAGUAAUGCGACAGCAUUUCUGGAAAGUUAUGCGAUGUUGACUAAAGACGAUGCGAUUCGUGAGUUGGCGAAGCUGAUUGGUGCUAUGGACAUUUCACUGCUGAAUGAUCCAAACACGCAAAUUGAUUUUAUCAAGCAACAAAAUGCAAUCCAUGAGUUGUGUGACUCGGGUCGAUUAUGGGGUAAAGGUGAAGCCGAGAAGAUAGCGCUUGUGGUGUCUGGCGAUCCGACAGCAUUGAAACGAAUGAGUGGUUUACUGGACGGUUGGUUUGAGACGAUGCCUGCUUAUUUGCUCUUCUUGAGGCCUCGAGCUACACUCUCAGAUCUUCAUGAUGUCGUUCAGUUAGAUUUUCUGAUUGAUAAUCGGAUAGAAGAAUGUGAGAUAACAAGGGAGUAUUUGAGUGGUUUAGAAGAGUUCAUUUGA